CCUGAGAUCGCAUUUUCACAAUAAAAAAUAAACUGCUGGUGUUUUAGAUAUUGAGCACCCUUAGCUAGCUCAAUACACCACGUCAAACGCGUGUUGAUAUUCCUAAUGAGACAUUCCUAGUUGUAUUUCCGGUUCCAAAAUGGCUGCGCCCACAGUGUGUGUACCAGGUCAGAGAAUAUUUCGGGAAGGUGACAGCUAUGUUGCUGGGGAGGGCACAUAUAAACGAAAUGGCUUCAUCUACUCAAGUCUUGCAGGGUUUCUACAUACGGAUGAAACUGAAGAAGGAAAGAAACGGGUUGAAGUAAGGGCUGAUGUGAGCAAGAAUGUAGUUCCUGCUGUUGAUGCUGUUGUCACUGCUCGGGUUACAAACGUCAAUCCCAGGUUCUGUAAGUGUGCUAUCCUCAGUGUGGGAAAGACACCUUUAAGAGAAACCUUCCGAGGGACUGUCAGACGAGAUGAUGUCCGAGGUACGGAAAAGGACAAGGUGGAGAUGUACAAGUGUUUUCGGCCAGGUGACAUCAUCGUAGCCCGUGUUUUAUCACUGGGAGAUGCACAUUCAUAUCUUCUGAGUACUGCUGAAAAUGAGUUGGGAGUUGUCAUGGCAACUAGUGAAGCAGGGGGCAGCAUGGUGCCGGUCAGCUGGUGCAAGAUGCAGUGCCCUCGGACUCUGGCUGAAGAAUUCCGGAAAGUUGCCAAGGUGCAGAAACAGUUCAUUCAGGACAGCGGAACUUAGCAGCACUUGUUGUCAUCUCGGUGUCAUCAUCUUGUAAAUAAAUGUUGUUUUUUUAUAA